AUUCUAAUCGUCCUCACGAUCCUCUCCUUCGCUCCUCAGCUUCAUGCUCUCUGGUCCAAGAAGAGCAGCACGGGAAUAUCUCUUGGCUAUGUGCUUGCUAAUCUCCUGGUCGUGACUGAAGAGCUCACGAAAGAAGUCUACCUCUCCAUCAAUGUCCCUGAGGCUGCUGCUGGAACUUUCAAGCACGAUCCUCUCAGCGCUGGGGACUGGCUAAACUUCGUUCAAAAUCUCGUAACAUGGGCUCUUUUUCUUAUCCUCUUCAUACUAUGCGUUCGCCUCCGACGGCCGGGCUCCGACACAGGCCCGUAUCGCAAUCUCUACAUUCUUGCCCUCCUGGUCUCGCUGAUCCCGGAGCUCAUCGACAUAUUGGGUCUCACACCAGAGACUAAGAGCUGGCCCCGCCAAGACCUGCGCGAGAUGUUCAUUUUCUAUCAUGCCGUGCUCCUCACCCCCAUGGCUACUUUCAUCGGGGGCUUUUCCUGGUUCCUCCAGGCAGCACAGAGUCGAAACCAUGCACACGACACGGCGCUGAGUCUAACGGGACUUGCGGUUCAGGCCGUCGUGUUUGGUCUUGUCGCGAUAUCGUGGGUCUUCCGGGUAGUAUAUGCCGAGACCUGGGACCCGCUGGGCUUAGGUUGGUAUUUUCUGUAUGGAUACCCGGUUGUGAACAAUGGGGUGUUCGCGGGAGUGCAAUUCUUGUCUUUGGUCUGGGCGCUGUAUUGGCGGAUGGUUGGCCAGAAACCGGAGGUACAGAGCAAGUUGGGGAGGGAGAGGGAACCGUUGCUGGGAGCCGCGGGAACAAACACCACUGUCUAG